AUGAGCCUGAGACUUGAUAACGAAACAACGACUUCGUUUACUGGACCAAGUUUUGGAAUCCAUGCUGACCAACUUUGGUGGUCAGGUAAUAUCGUAGCGUCACGAGCUCUCACCUUGACUGCAAAGAUUGUUGUUAGUCUUUUGGUCGGAUGA